UUGGCUUAGAGAACCUCAGCCUGGCAGUUAUCUUACUUGGAAAGAACAUUCAAGUGCUCUGCCUACCCAAGGCCCUACGAAACAAUGGAAUAUCACUCUCAUGUAGAGAAUCUGGAUGAAGAUGGAUAUACCCAAUUAGACUUCAGGACUCCAGGCAUCCUCAAAAAAGCUGUGGGAUCAGAGAAAGGAAGCCGGUCUCCAUCUCCCCAUUGGCGCCCCCUUGCGGUGACUUUGGGAAUCCUGUGCUUGGUCGCACUAGUGGUUGCUGUAGUCCUGGGGUUCCUAGCAUUUUGGAGAUUCAAUUCAGGGAAAAAUCCAGAAGAGAAAGAAAACUUCCCAUCAAGAAAUAAAGAGAACCACAAACCCACAAAAUCAUCUUUAGAUGAGAUGGCUCCCUCCAAGGCAUCCCAGACUACAGGACUUUUUUCUGGGCCUUGCCCUCCUAAUUGGAUCAUGCAUGACAAGAGCUGUUAUCUGUUUAAGAUGUCACAAAAUUCCUGGGCUGGAAGUAAGAGACACUGCUCCCAGCUAGGUUCUCAUCUACUGAAGAUAGACAACCCAAAAGAAUUUGAGUUCAUUGAAAGCCAAACGUCUUCUCACCAUAUUAAUUCAUUUUGGAUAGGCCUUUCCCGGAAACAGAAUGAAGGGCCGUGGCUCUGGGAGGAUGGCUCACUAUUCACCCCCAACUCGUUUCAAAUCAGAGAUACAGCUUCCCAGGAAAGCUUACUGCACAAUUGUGUAUGGAUUCAUGGGUCACAGGUCUACAAUCAAGUCUGUAAUAUUUCCUCAUUCAGUAUCUGUGAGAAACAGCUGUAAAUGUAAGAAUGGAGAUGAAGAAGAAAUAAGUAUGUGAGACUAUAAGGAUGCCUUCUCCAACACACACACCACCAACUACCACCAUGAACAACAACAACAAAAACAGAACAAGAAAGAUGAACAUUGAAAAUCAGAAUAAAUCCUGAAAUGCUAGGAGAACUUGUUAAAUUUGAACUUCAACUGAGAACUUGGAUGAAGAAGGUGAGGCUUCUGUACUUGUCAGCUUCGUUAAGAGGGUCAUGCUAUCUUCCAGUUAGUAAGACAUGGAGUAAGGCAGCCAAGAAGAAUGAAUGAACAUGACAUUCCCAGACCCAAAUGGUACAAUCACAACAAAACACCUAUAUUGUCAAGGAAUAUUGUGGUGGUCAUGGGGGCUGAAGACUGUAAGAGCCAGAAGACCAGGAUGCCUACUGCUACUGUCUUCUAGACAGGACAGGGAAACUGUACCCAUGAAAUGUCAACAAUGUGAUCAAUUAAACAAGACCUGUAUGAUGACAAUUCAGUUAAUAUGCCAACAUGAAUGUAUAAAUUUCACAAAGUCCUAUCUCCCACAUAAAGACCUAGAGGUGAAUAAUGAUGCCAGAAAUGGGGAAGAGCUCUUUCCAGGAACAAGUUUCCUAAUGGGUUACUGAACCCCAAGCUGUCAGCACUAAACACGUGUACAGACCAGUAACACCAUGGAUUAGUAAGUUAUAUACACAUAACAUACAUACAUAUAUAUAUGUAUGUUACUCAAAAAUUGUUACUGGAGUGUACACCACAUUUGUGUGAUUUGCGCAAUGUCUAGCAGUACAUCAGACAUGAAUAGAAGGCAAAAUGUACUUCUAAAUUGAUAAGUAAAUAAAUGAGGGAAGAUUUUUCCAGGC